AUGACUUAUUUUAAACCAAGAGAGAUUGCUGCUAAUGCUGCGGGUGAAAAUGCUGGUGAAUGUGGUGAUGAAGACACGACGAAGUUGAAUGAGGCUGAGGGGAAAGAUAAUAGUGGUGAAUGUGCUUCUGAUUUGGAUUUGGGUGAGGAAGAAAUCACGUCGGGGCCGGAAGAACAAAAAGAAAAAAAACCAAAAAGGUUUUCUACUGACCCGUCUGAUUGGGAUCGUCAUGACCACGAACUGGUCGCAUUUGUUAUUGAUACAUCAAACCCUCGAAAUUUUGAUCCUUCUAAAUUUGACUUUACAAGUUCCGAUAAGCGGGAACCGUCGGGAAAAGUGAGACGAGCCAACGUGGAUCUUUUCUACCGUAAGCUAGUAAACGGAGAGAAGAAACCACGUGAUUGGUUGGAGUUUUCAAAGCGAAAUGGAAGUCUGUACUGUGUGCCAUGUUUUUUCUUUGGUGAAGAACGCAAGUCUUCUUUAGCUGGAAAAGAAGGAUUUCGUGAUUGGAUGAACGCCAGCAAGGCCAUUAGUGAUCACGAACGGUCAUCGGACCAUAGUCAUGCCAUUUCUACCUUUGUCAACCGUCGCGAACCUCAAGGCAAGAUUGAUGCAGACUUUAUCAGACAAGCGCGAAUUCAUCAAGAGUAUUGGAGGGAAUUCCUACACCGGUCAGUGGACGUCAUAAAAUUUCUUUCUUCCCGUGGAUUGGCUUUUCGCGGAUCUAACCAGCAACUCGGAUCGGUUCACAACGGAAACUAUCUCGGUCUAUUGGAACUAUUAGCUCUACACGAUGCCUUUUUGGCAAAGCACUUGGCGAGUUACGGCAACAAGGGCAAAGGUAACACCUCAUACCUCUCCGCCAACAUCUGCGAAGAGUUCAUUCAACUUCUUGCUGAAAAGGUGGAAGCUUAUAUAGUUGAGGAGUUGAAAGAAGCUAAGUACUAUUCAGUCAUCGUUGAUUCCACCCCAGAUGUGUCGCACACCGACCAACUGUGUUUUGUUCUGCGCUACGUGCUGCCGGAUGGAGCGCCAGUCGAACGUUUCCUCGGAUUCCUACCAAUGCAUGGCCACACCGCUCUACAGAUGUUCGAUAUGGUGACGGAUAAGUUGAACAGGCUCGGAAUUCCGAUAGAAGACCUUCGCGGGCAAUCGUACGAUAAUGCUAGCAACAUGUCGGGCAUCUACACUGGACUGCAAGCUAGGAUUAAGGCCGUCAAUCCUCAGGCAGAGUAUGUGCCAUGCAGUGGUCAUUCUCUGAACCUAGCCGGAACCAGCGCGGCCGAAUCAUGUGCUACAACCGUUAACUUCUUCAGUUUUUUGCAAGAACUCUUCAAUUUCUUGUCAGGAUCGACGCAUCGUUGGGCUGUUCUACUAGACAUCCUACGAGCAAGUAAGAAGAAGGGGUUUAAAGUUCCUAAGAGUCUCUCCCAGACCCGCUGGUCUGCUCGUGCUGACGCUGUCAUUGCCUUGAAAGAGGGCUAUCCAGAAUUUAAAUCCGCAUUAAUAGGGAUUGCAGCUGAUUCAACUCAAACUCCAAGAACCAGAGCGGAAGCCAAUGGACUUAUCCAAAAGUUCAACAAACUCGAAACAGCCGUGCUGACAGUAAUUUGGGCCACGGUAUUGGAACGCGUAAACAAAGUCAACAAGCAGCUGCAAUCCGUAGCAAUUGACCUUGGCAUUGUAGUAGAGCUCUAUUCUUCGCUUGUUGCAUUUAUUAAAGAGGUCCGAGACAACUAUGACAAUUACGAAAAACAGACUGUGGAACUGGUUGGAAUGGAGAUGGGGUCACUUGUCUACUCUGCUGAUGAAUGCCGACAGCGGACCCGCAAGCGACACCAUGAUGAAAUGGACAGUGCUUCUGACACCACUUUUACGGGCCGUACUAAGAUGAUCGCUGAAGUCAACAUCAUGCUGGAUCAACUAACAGCAGAGCUCCGACGAAGGCAACAAGCCUAUUCGCAACUACACGCCCGUUUUGGAUUUCUUACGAUGCUCCCCGACUUGGACGCAAGAGCCAUCACUUCUCAAGCACAAAAUCUUGUUAACCAUUAUCCUAAUGACAUUGAGCAGUGUUUCCCGAAUGAAUGCCUUCAGUUCAAGAGUUUCGUUCCUCCACACAUCGGUGAAGGGCUAAAGAAGCGGAAGCCAAGCGGGCUGGACCUAAUCCGGAUCAUGCGAGAAAAGAAACUGCAAGCGAUUUUUCCAAAUGUAGAUAUAGUCCUUCGAAUAUUCCUCUCCACAGCUGUUACGAAUUGCUCCGGCGAGCGAUCCUUCUCCACUUUAAAACUGAUCAAAAACUAUCUACGGUCUACCAUGGUCCAACAACGAUUAUCAGCACUUGCGCUUCUUCAAAUUGAAAACGUUAUUUUGAAUUUCAUUGACGUGGAGGGUGUUAUUAAUUUAUUUUCUGCUUCAAAAUGCCGCCGAAAGUGCUAA